AUGGACGUCCCCCGCCUCCCCUCCCCCCCUGGCGACCAAAGCGGAGGGUCGGGGUCAGUGCCGCCCCGAAAUGCUCGUGCUGAGCCGCCCCCUUUGGCCCGCUUCCCCGCCUACUGCACCAGCAGCUCCGACCUCACCGAGCCCGACGGCGGCGUCACGAGUGGGCGUGGGGGGCUCCCCACGAGUGGGGUGGGGGUCCCCUCACACCCCCCACCCUCCUCCUCCUCGCUGGGCGGGGUGGGCAAAAGCAUCUCCAUGCUGGACCUGCAGGACGGCCGCGUGGACAGCGUGCCCGCCGAGCUCCUGAGGGGGCCCCCACGCAGGUCACGGUUGGGGUUUAGGCACGGGCGGCUCUCGCAGGGCAGCGCUUCCAGUUUGGCCCCUCCUCCUUCUGGUCCCACCCCCACGCAGCGUUUGGGGGUCCCCACGGAGGGCACGGGUGGGGUGGGGGCACCCCACGCGCAACUGAGGGUCCCGCUCUCCUUCCAGAACCCGCUCUUCCACCUGGCGGCCGACGGGCCCCUGCGCGGCGUGGGGGGCGGGGAUCCCGCGGGGGAGGGAGGGGUUUAUUCCCAUCACCACGCCCACUCCCACCACGCCCCCCACUCCCACGGUCACGCCCCCCCCUUGCACGGCUACAGCAAGAGCGAGGAGCUCGUGGGGGGACCCCCACCCGUGACCUCCACCAAGCACAUCACGCACAGCCACAGCUACAGCGAUGAGUUUGGGCGACCCACGGGGGGUCGCGGUCGCGAGUGGGGGGUCCUCGGGGGGUCCGGAUUUUGGGAGGAGGCAGCUCUCCCUGCAGGACACGCUGGCCCCUCCCACGCAACAGCAACAACAACCCACGCAACAAUCCACGCAACAAUCACAGCAGCCCCCACCCCAAAUCACCAUCGGCGCGCCCCCCACGCCGCGCGGGGGGAGGGCGUCCAAAAGCGCGAGUGGGGGUGGGGGAGGGGGAUCAGGAGGGGAGGGGGUCUGGGCGUGCCCCCAAACCCCGCCCGGCCAGCGGGAACCUCCUGGCGUCCCCGAGCCCACGUACGGCGUGGGAGUGGGAGUGGGGGGUGGGAGUGGGGGCGUGGGGGUCCCCAGGCGACCCACGGGCCGCGGUCGCGGCAGCCCUCGCUGGCCAAGGAGGCGUCGCUGGUGGGGAGCGGCGGCAAGGCGGCCGGCGGCAAGCAGGCCUCCCAGGGCGGGCAGACGCUGAGCGCGGCGCUGCCGGCGUCGGAGCGCACGGUGGCCUGGGUGUCCAACAUGCCCCACCUGUCGGCCGACAUCGAGAGCGCCCACAUCGAGCGCGAGGAGUACAAGCUCAAGGAGUACUCCAAGUCCAUGGACGAGAGCCGGCUGGACCGGGUGAAGGAGUACGAGGAGGAGAUCCACUCGCUGAAGGAGCGGCUGCACCUGUCCAACCGCAAGCUGGAGGAGUACGAGCGGCGCCUGGUGACGCAGGAGGAGCAGACGAGCCGCAUCCUCCUGCAGUACCAGCAGCGCCUCGAGCUCAGCGAGCGCCGCCUGCGCCAGCAGCAGCAGGAGAAGGACUCGCAGAUCAAGAGCAUCAUCGGCAGGCUGAUGCUGGUGGAGCAGGAGCUGCGCAGGGAUCAUCACUUGGCCGCCCACCCCGAUCAGCAGCAGCCCACCCCCACC